UCAAAUAAGCAAAAUAGGGAAACUGGAAAUGUCGAUGGCGAAAGGAAUGGGCCGGCGCGGCGGAGAGGCGGCGGCGCUUCUUUGCCUCCUGAUGCUGAGCGCAUCGUGGCGCGCUGCGGCGCUCUCACUGAUUGUGACUGACGUCGAGUGCGUCUCCGAAUACGUUUACUACAAGGACGACACCGUGUCGGGGAACUUCGUCGUCGUCGAUCACGACGCUUCCUGGAGAUCCAGUAAUCCCGGAGUCGACUUCACCGUGACAACUCCUGAAAACAGUGUAGUCUACUCCUUGAAGGGAUCAACCGGUGACAAAUUUGACUUCAAGGUAUCCAGUGGAAUGCACAAAUUCUGCUUCCACAAUCCAUCUAACUCGCCAGAAGCAGUCGCCUUCAACAUUCAUGUUGGCCACAUUCCCAAACAACAGGAUCUAGCCAAGGAUGAGCAUUUUGAGCCUGUGAAUGCCAAGAUUGCUGAACUGAGGGAGUCUUUGACGUCUGUUACAUUAGAGCAGAGGUACCUUAAAGCACGUGGUUAUCGUCACCGCCAUACAAAUGAGAGCACACGAAAGCGCGUGAUUGGGUACACGAUCGGGGAAUAUUUGUUGCUUGUUGCACUGAGCAGCCUUCAGGUUGUCUACAUUAGAAAACUAUUCAGCAAACCUGUCGCGCACGGCCGCGUUUGAUGCUUUGUCCCUCACAGCGAGACACAAAUACAUGGAAUUAUCAAUACUACUAGUUUUCUGUAAACUAUCAUCAAUCAGAAUGUGAAAUCAAAUUAUAGAAUUUAACUUUCAUCCCA